AUGCUUGUCAAGUAUCUGCUCCCGACCCUUGCAGCGGUCGGCUCAGUCGCCGCCCAAUCCGGUGUAUGCACUACCACGGCAACCAUCAACAGCCAGGCCGAGGCUACCCAGCUUGCUAGCUGCAGAAGCAUUAAGGGAUCCGUCGUCAUCGCACCCGGUGCUGGCCCCGACAUUGAUAUCUCUGGUCCUUCGGAAAUCACGGGCGACCUCACCAUCAUUAACAAUGGCGGUAUCGGUUCGCUCACUGCCAACGAUUUGACCAAGAUUGGCGGCACCUUCCUAGCUCGAAACGUCACCAAGCUCGGCACACUGGCGUUCCCUAAGCUCGGAAGCGUCCAGUCUCUCAACUGGCAGUCGCUGAACAACCUGGAUACGCUGAAAAUCGCGUUGACCCAGGCCGUAAAUGUUACGAUCAGCGACACAUUCUUGCGAAGCCUGGAUGGCAUCGACCUCACUAGCGUCGCCUCCCUGGACAUCAACAACAACAAGCGCCUUACGUCGUUCGUUUCGUCCCUCGCCAACCUCAGUAACACUCUCACUAUCAAUGCGAACGGUCUCGAGCUGGCCGUCGCGUUGGACAAGCUGAUCUGGAUUGCCAACAUGCAAAUUUCCAACGUGACCAGCUUCUCGGUCUCGGCUCUGAAGGUUGUCAACAGCUCCGCCCGCUUUGAUUCCAACUACUUCGAGACGUUCAGUGCUCCCAACCUCACGCAGACCACGACCAAUGACAUCUCGUUCGUUGGCAACGCCAAGCUCAAGAACAUCACCUUGCCCCAGCUGACAAGCAUCGGUGGUGCCCUCUUGAUUGCCAACAACACCGCCCUCGGAAAGGUUAAUGGCUUCCCGCAGCUGGCCAACAUCAACGGUGCGGUGAAGAUGAGGGGCAACUUCACAACCGUCGAGUUCCCUAGCCUGGACGUUGUCAAGGGUGCUUUUGACAUUUCCAGUACUGCCAACAUCGACGACACCUGCAAGAACUUUGCGAAGCAGGCUCCUACCACCCAGGGUGGCAACAACGACAUCCAGGGCAAAUACUCGUGCACCAGCGACAAUGCCGAUGCCAACUCGGAUACUAGCAGCACCACCGGUGGAUCUGGCAGUGGCUCUAACAGCGGCAGUGGAAACGGUAACGGUAGCGACACCAACAAGAACAGCGCUGCCCGUCUUACCGGGACUACGGCUGCCCUUGUUCUGGCUGCUCUGGUCGCCUUCCAGGCAUUGUAA